CUAGUAUCAAACCGGGCGUCGCGACGCUCACGUCAAACCUCCUCUCGAUCCUCGAAUUUGGCGCGCGUAAAUCUGCGAGUGUACACACUUACACAGAAACUGGUCGCAACCUCCCUUCUCCAACCAACAACCCGCGCGCUCCGGAUUUAACACAUGCGGAUUUGCUCUUUGACAUUGAGGAUUUUCACCCUUCGGCGUUGCGACGAAACGGAUGGUGUUUGGGUUGCGGUUUUCCCGGAGUAGUUGAUAGUUGUUGUUCUUAAUGGCGGAGAACCAGAUUGCCCAGGUUAUAGCCUUCAUAUGUGGCCUCAUCGUUAUAAUAUUAAUGAUAAUGGGGUUGGCAUCGACGGAUUGGCUGAUGGCAGAUGGUUGGAGACAAGGAUUGUUCAUGCAUUGCAUUGAGAAAGGAGCGGAGUAUCCUCUUCCAUUCAACAUGCAGGAACCACCGGGAUGCUACCAAGCAAGAGAAGCACCUUAUAUACGAGCAGCGGCUGCCCUUUGUGUCAUAACACUGUUAUCGGAUUUGGUGGCAACUGUCGCAACUGGAUUGGGAUUGAGGACGAAAGAGCAUCACACGAAAUAUAAAUACUACAGAUUCGCCGUGAUCGUAAUGGGAUUGGCAUUGGUCUCCAUAUUGAUUGCGCUCAUUAUUUAUCCCGUCUGCUUCGCCGCUGAACUCACCUUUGGCAAUCGUUUGAUAUGGGAAUUCGGAUGGGCGUAUGGGGUUGGAUGGGGGGCGGCGAUAUUCCUCUUCGGUGGCGUUGUCCUCCUGAUGUGCGACAAGGAGAGCGAAGAAAUCUACUACAAGGAGAGGAAAAUAGUGCACGACAACGACUCGCGUGCCUAGUGGCCACAUAGUCUGCCCGAUGUUGUUCUCUGAUCAUAAGAGAUCAUAACGCGCUUCUCUCGAGUGCCGCGUGCUUGAAUGCCUGUUGAUGGAUGCCUGCAGAUCGAAUGAAUGAGUAUAAACAAACAAAAACAAUAUAUAUAUAUACACAAACACAACAUAAACAUUUAUAUAUCAUUGUACACCAAUUAUGAAGCUAGUACAAUAUUGGUAUACAAAUGUGAAUGGACAAUUGCGUAUAUAUGUGGACCUGGUUGAUAAGCGAGAAAAAAAAAACAGAAACG